UCGAUCCAUCAAUUAAUGUCUCAUCCGUCCGCCAUAGCCUUCGCGCCAUUGACUUCUUCUUCCUCCCCAUCACCGAUCAUCCACCGCCGAAUAAUAAUGGCGCCGGCAGAUCAAACGCCCGCCGUCUGAUCGGAGCAGACGAUCGGAGCACUGUUCCAAAUCGGGUUUUCUAAUCAUGAACAUGCUGAAAUCCUCAAACUUUAUGUUUCCAAUCAUUAGAGAUCAGAAGAGGAGAUGGUGUGCAUGCAUGCUUAUUCCUGUUACUUCUCUCUUCUGUUUGUUACUCCUUCUUGGGACUUCCUUCAUACAGAUUAGAAAAGAGAAACUCUUGAGAUGGAAAAGGGAUGAUUUGGAUCAAACAAAAUGUCAGAAUAGAUGCAGACCUCCUGGAAGUGAGUCAUUGCCUCAAGGCAUUGUUGCAAAAACUUCUAACUUGGAAAGAAGACCUCUUUGGGGCUCUCCAAAGAAAUCAGAUUUUGGGAGAAACCUAUUUUCAGCUGCAGUUGGGAUGAAGCAGAAAGAAAAAGUAGACAUGAUGGUCAGAAAGUUCCUGUCAAGUAAUUUCACAGUAAUGCUAUUCCAUUAUGAUGGCAUUGUUGAUGAAUGGAAGGAUUUUAAAUGGAGCAAUGAUGUGAUUCACAUUUCAGCUCUCAACCAAACCAAAUGGUGGUUCGCAAAGCGGUUUUUACAUCCAGAUGUAGUCGCAGAAUACAACUACAUUUUCCUGUGGGACGAAGACCUCGGAGUCCAAAACUUCAAUCCUAAAAAUUUAUUGUGUGAUUAAAUUAUAUAAUUAGUUAUUUGAGCAUAAUGAAGAGAGAAGGGCUAGAGAUAUCACAGCCAGCACUUGACACUGCAAAAUCUGAGGUGCAUCAUCAGAUUACAGCACGUGGAAGGAGAUCAAACGUCCACAGAAGGACUUAUAAAGCGGGCGAAAAUGGUACCACGGCAUGUAACGAAAGUAGUAUGGCUCCCCCUUGCACCGGGUACAAAAAAAUUCUAUCAAUUUUC